UGCGCAGUAUCAGUGCUCAGUUGUUAACAUACAUAACACAAGUGUCAGGAGCGUUUUCUUUCCUCUUCUCUUUUUUUUUUUAACUGGUCCAGAAUGAGUGAGUGGGAUACUGGAUCAUCUUCAAAAGAUGGUCAAGGAAGUGAGGAUACAAGAUAUCGACAAAGUGAUACGACGAAUUCAGAUUACGAAUGUAAUAUUUGUUUAGACUCUGCACGAGAUGCCGUGGUCAGUAAAUGUGGCCAUUUAUUCUGCUGGCCUUGUCUCCAUCAAUGGCUUGAAACUUGUUCUCAUAGAAAAGUUUGCCCUGUUUGCAAAGCUGGUAUCAGUAGAGAUAAAGUGAUUCCAAUUUAUGGUAAAGGAAGUAAUGAUAAAAAAGACCCACGGAAUAAAAUGCCACCGCGUCCACCUGGCCAAAGAACAGAACCAGAAAACCAAAGUGCAUUUUCAAACUUUGGAUUUGGAGAAGGCAAUUUUCAUAUGACUUUUGGAAUUGGUGCUUUUCCUUUGGGAUUUUUUGCAUCAACAUUUAAUUGGAGUGAUGUCAGACCUGGCCCACCUCCGACAGGGUCUCCUCACCAUGAAGAAGAACAGAUCUUAUCGAAGGUUUUUCUUGGCCUGGCUAUUGUUUUCAUUUUUUGGUUACUUAUAGCCUGACCAAAACCUUCUGCAAUUCUUGUCAUGAAAAACAACUUAACCCAUCUAAGUUCUUAUAUUUUACAAUGGAUUUCAAUACAGAUGUUUAAAAGCCAUCUGUACGAUGGUAUAUGAGGAAAUUAGAACUCACAUGAAAUGUCUCAGAAAAUAUUUCAAUGAGAAAAGUUUCUUUUCUCGUAUUUUUUAUUACAAUGGUAUUAAAUUUCUUCCUUCCCUUUAGGAAUAUUUUAAAGAAAAAAGAUACAUAUAAAGCAGAAUUGAAAUUUCCUUUGAAAUUAUAUUUUUAUCUGUGAUAUUGGAGUUUAUAUUUAAAUUUUGUUCAUUUGGUUUAAUUUUGAAUCGUUGUACUAUUUAGAAAUAGCUAGAGAUAUGUGAUAAACUGGGCAAAGGAUAAAAAAAAAAAGCAUUCAUAACAGUUCACGCUAUUGAAAUGAUUUUGUUCCUGAAGAAAAUAUUUGUAUCAUUUGUUACUAAGUUAUUUGCUUCUUUUCAUUCAAAGUUUUUGUUUUCUUUAUUUUUGAUUUUUUUUCUCCCUCACCCCCUACUGUUACUUUCUGAUUGCUUUGCAAAAUAUUUCAUAUUAUUCUUAGAUUACUUUUGAUGUUUCCAUUUUAAAAACUAACAAUGAUUCCUUCAUAAUAUCACUUCUUUAGGUAUUUAUAUUUAUGAAUGCAAGAAUAUUAGCACAGUAUAUUUCUUCCAAACAUUAAAAGUUUGUACGAAAAAAAUUACAUUAAAUUUGAUUAUCUCAGUGUAUGUGUGCCUGGGCAAGUGUGAUUAUGUAUGUUGGUCAUCAAAAGUUAAAUACCUUAUAGCAUCAUGUCAGAAAGAAUUGAUGUGAUUAUCAGCUGUUUGAAAUAACAAUGAUUUGAAGUUAAUAUUCAAUAUUGAUUUUAAAAUUUGGUCAGUUCUUUAUAUGCCUUUCUUAAUAGUAUUUAGAUGAUUCUCACUAAUUUUAACGAGAAAAAAAAAAGAUUCAAAGUACUUUGUACAUUCUUAUUUAAAGACUAAUUCUGUGAAUCUAUUUUUUAAACACUUGUAGGAAUAAAUUUCUAAUUUUUUCUGUAUUAAACUUUUGUUUUGUUGAUAUUAAAGCAAUUUAAGUUAAUCAGAGGUUCUGUACCUAAUUUAUGCAACAUUAACAUCAGUAUAAUAGCUUAUUUGUUUAAUCAAAAUAUUUCAUUAGUAUCCACCCAGCGAAAAAGGUAAGUUUAUAAAGAUUCAUUUUGUGGCAAAACUAUUUCACCUCCACCCCCUUUUUGCAUAUAUGACUGAAGUAGACAUAUUGUUGGACCAUGUCAUUUUAAAAUAGGCUUUUUUAUCUUAUGGAUAUAUAUGGAAUUACAAAUUAAAAGCAGUUUUAGUAAUGUAAACAUUUAAGUCGCACAUACGAAGUGUGUUCUGUUUAAACACCCGUUUGUGUGAGACAGCAUCCAGGGAAAGCUCCAAACAUAAUGCUGUGUGUUGGUGUUUGUUAACAUUCAGUAUUAUGUAGGGAACUCUCCCUGCACACUAUCCCGCAGUAAAUGGGUGUUUCAACAAAACACAUGUACCAAGGACAACGAUGGUGUCCAUCAUCUCUGCAGACCAUUCAUGAAUGUUGACAAUGAUGUGCUUUCUUUGGUUUGAACAUCUAAGGGGGAAAUGUGGACAGGAGAAAUGCAGCUAACUAGUUCAGGAGAGUAAAAGCAUUAUAGUAACAGUUGUAGUGCUGUGAAUUAAUAAUUGAGUCAUCCUUGUCAGUAACUAUCUAGAGCUGAAAUAUUUCCUGACUCCUAAGGAAGAGUUUAUUGUGAAUACAGUUUUUGUAUGGUUAAACUUAUGAGAUCAGAAAGUGUAAUAUUUGUAGUAACUGGUUUUUUUCGAUUUUUAUGACAAGAUAAUGUGAAGUUUGGUGUCUGGCAGUAGUAUUAGUGCUGGAGAAAAAACUGUCCUCAUUGAAUUGUUUCGAAGUCUCUCUCUGUGUGAAGGCCAUGUAGAUCUGGCAUGAAUGAUGCAUGUGCACAUGAUUCAGAUCUGAAGGUGGUGUCAACUGCAUAGGAGUGUGUUGUUAGAGAUGAUAGCAAGUAUGAAUCAGAAAUCCUCCUAGACAUGUUAUAAUAAUGCAGGUUCACGGGAAACUAGAGCAUCAAGAGACAAAAUGUAUUUCCAUCAGUAGGUGACUUUCGCUUGGAGGUUUUCGUGCUGGGCAUAAUCAAAGGCUUCACUAGUGCCGCAUUACUUUCCUUUCUAGUAUUACUCACUGUUUAUUUUUUUAGUGUCAACCAAAUUUUCUAUUUCUUUCAUCUUAAGUCUCUCAAUCUGUUGUUAAUUUUAAUAUAUUAUUUAUGUAUUGAUUGAUACAUAGCCAAAGAGUUGUAUAUUGCAUUAUCUACAUUUCAGCUCAGAUUAAAUUUAACGAAAAGAAGAUAUUUCUCGACUGCUGUUGGCAGUCACAUCAGCAACUUUUUAUAGCCUAGUAAAUAAAAGAACCAGGUUGACUAUAUAUUAAUAUACAUACAGCUGCAGCUAUGUAUCCAUCAACAAACUCAAGUCUUUAAAUGUAGGGGACCAUAUUUCAAAUCCUAAUUCUUUCUUGUCAUACCAUCUUUAUAGGAAGGUCGAAUCUAAAAGCAUUGUACAUUUCUGAAAAUCAGUUACCUGUGUGACAGAGUUCUGCUCAAGCAGAUGAUUAGGAUUAUUGAAUUUUGAUUCCAUCCUCCAGAGAGGACAUGGUUUUGCCUCAUAACAAAUAUUGUUUACACCAUCUGAUGGGUUAUAUUUUCUCAAUUUCAUUUGAAGUAUGCAAUCUCUAAAUCACAAGAAGACCAAGUUUCUUUAAUGGAUUAAAGAUACAUUUUAAAUUA